AUGGCACCCCAACAACCAUCAACAAUCUCCAACUUCGCCAUCCUGCCCAUCCUCCUCCCACCAUCACCAGCACUCUCCCAUCUACCGAAAACAGCAACACACACUCUCUACAUCCGUCCCAACAACCCCAAGAUUCCUACCGAAGCAGAUGCGCGAUCGCUCUUUGUGGUAAACGUACCCGUCGAUGCGACGGUUGCGCAUCUAAAGGGUGUGUUUGCGCAUUUAUCUGGGGGCGUAGUGGGAAGGGUUGAAGAUGUUGUUUUCGAAGGCCAAGCCCAGAUACCCUCUCAGAAAAGCACCGUGAUUGUAGAGCGGAAACGUAAGAGAGAAGAAGAGCCAGAAAAUGCGACACAAGCACCAGAGCUACCGAGUACUUGGGACAGGGAGACGAGGAAAAGUGGAGGCAAUGCUGUCGUUGUUUUCGUGGAUGCCAGGAGUAUGGAGGGUGUGUUGAAGAGCGUGCGGAAAAUGCAGAAAUCCAAAGACUAUCCGCUCUGGGGCCAUGGUGUAUCGUCGACGAAAGUCCCCGCGCUGGGUAGUUCGCACUAUGCUGCACAUCACGCGCUCCGGUAUCCAGACCCGAGCGCGUUACAGCGGAACGUCGAUGCGUUCAUGACGGCGUUCAAUGCCGGGGAGAUACAGAGGCUGAGGGAGGCGAAGAGGGUGCGGAAUGUGCCGGAUGCAGAUGGCUUUGUUACUGUGACGAAGGGUGGAAGGGUCGGGCCUGCGAAGGCGGCAGAGGCGGAGAGGAUGAGAGAAGAGGCGGAGGAGAGGGCCAAGGUCAGGACUGGGGAAGGCUUUUACAGAUUUCAGGUAAGGGAGAUGAGGAAGUUGGAGCAGGGGGAGUUGGUCAGGCAGUUUGAGGAGGAUAAGAAACGCGUUGAGGGUAUGAGGGAGCGCAGGGGAAAGGGUGGGUUUAGACCUGAGACUUGA